AUGAAACCCAGCAUUCAAAAUGAUGAGCCGAAUCUGCCCGAGGAGGCCUCAACAUCACUGAUAUCUGUGAGCAAAGGCUUCAUUUCGCGGGCCCUUUUCUGGGGCAUCCUGUACUCCAUUGGGCUAUGGCAAGUUCAUCCCGGAUGGCUUGUCAUCCCCAUCUCAUUGAAGCUCCUCUGGAAGAGGAGCAAAGUCAAGAAAAUGGUGCAAAAGCCCGUCCACAAAGUGUCAGAUUUGCCCGCAUGGAUCUACUUCCCCGAUUGUGAACGGGCAGAGUGGAUCAAUUCCAUUCUUAGUCAACUUUGGCCGGCCCUUCAAGAGCACAUGACUGACAGGCUCAAUGACAUGACCUUGAAAGAUGGGCUGCUUUAUGGUCUUGUAUUCUCAAACACUUCGAUUGGCAACAUUCCACCCAGGAUUGAAGGCGUUAAAGUAUAUAAAACCAAUCAAGUCUCUCGGAACGAAAUUGUGAUUGAUAUCAACAUCGUGUUGGCUAGUGAUUGUUACCUGAAAGCCGGAUUCUGGUCUUGGUUUGGGUUGGCUGUGAGAGACGUGUACCUUCAUGGGACAGUUCGGAUCACACUUUGUCCACUGCUGAAGGAUCUACCAUUGGUUGGAAACAUCGAUGUGUCCUUCAUCACCCCUCCAAAUGUCGACUUCGACAUGGAGGGCGUGGCCAACAUCCUAGAUGUCCCUGGCUUGAGUCGGAUUGUGCGGAAUGUGAUUGUUGAGCAAAUCUGCUUGUUCAUGGUGCUACCCAACACCAUUAAAACACCAUUAGUCACUCAGAGCCAAUGUGAAGUCAUGAAAUAUUGUCCCACCGAAUUCAAAAAGCUCGAGCUACUUCACAUUAAGGUGAUUGAAGCGAAUGGUCUCAAAGGCACGGAUUUCGUGUUCAUGGGAAAAUCCACCGCCGAUCCAUACUGUGUGGUGAAGGUCGCCUCACACGUGGGGAAAAGCCUGAUUAAGAAGGAGACCCUCCAUCCCAAGUGGGACUUCACCAUGGAAGUUCUCGUGGAGGCUGCACAUGUUGGGUUUUUGGAACUGGAGAUUUGGGAUUGGGACAAAGGAAAAUCAGACGACUUCAUGGGCAGAGUGGUGAUGGCCUUGGAUCAAGUUUACCAAUCUGCCCGAGGUAAGCCCGUCAGCAUUUCAUUGGAAGGACGCAAACCUCUGGGCAACAUUUGCUUCGAGACGAAAUGGUUCCACUUGUCCCAAGAUAUUCGAGACCUCGAGGCCCACUCUCCAAUGCAAUCUGAAACAACUGCCGUUCUUCAGGUCUACAUCGAUUGCUGCAAGAACUUAGUCAACAAGAAAGGCAGGGCGCCCAAAGCCAAGCUAACGUUGAAAUGCGGACAUGCGGCAGUUCAAGAGUCUGAGGUCCAGGAUUACUCUCAAAAUCCGGAGAUCGAGAGCGAAUUUGACUUCUUGGUGUCCAAUCCAUUGACAGAUAAGUUUACCAUCCAGUUGGAGGACACCAAGUACAAGACCGAUCUGGGCAUAGUUCGCGUGGCUUUGUCCGAACUGUUGUCGAGGCCUAACUACAGACUAAAAUCUCAGCCAUUCCGAGUGGAACAAACCCGAUCGCACGCCCAAAUAGUCAUGGAACUUCAAUUGCAGUUUCUCAAACCUAUUCCACAAUACGGCUCGUGA